AUGAGUCGCCGUAGUAAGAUAAUCGCGUAUGCUUUAGCUAAAAGUGAAAUUGACAGUAACGCAGAAGACGAAUAUUUGAACAAUCAUCAUAAUAAUGACGUUGAGAAUAAUGUACCACUGCCACUGGAAAGGAGGAUGUCACCAACUUUUGACGAGACAGGGAAUGAUUUACUAAAUUUUAAAUAUAAUCUGAGACAACGCACUCCGGUAAAAAUACAGAAUGAUCAAAUUUCAGUCUCCAAUGAAUCCGAACAUAUUUACUCAUCAGUAGUUUCAGAAUAUUUACCACAAGAAAACGCUCCUUAUGUUUUAACACCUAAUGCUGAUACAGAAUCAAUAAAUGAUGAACUUAAAGAAAAUUACAAUAAUGAACAAAUAGAGGAUAUUUUGCGUGAAAUUGUGCAAAACCAAGAACUUAGUAAUGCAAUAGAACCUGAAAUACGAGCCUAUGAAGAACAAAGUGAUUUAAUAGGGAAUGGAAGUCAAAUUAACGAAGAAGAGCCUAGAAUUUUAUCACAUAUUAAUACUAAAGAAAAAAAGAAAUAUCCGAAGAAAGUUAACCCUGGAAGAAAAAGAUUUUUGAAUAAAGAAAAUUGGAAGGCAGAAAUACGUAAAAGAAAGAAAAAUUUGGGCGAGGAAUUUAUAAAUAGAAAAGGACGCUUUAUAGCGAAAAAAGUUAUGAAACCAGACUGUGGUGCUAAUUGUUCAGAAUUGGAUUUGUUUGCACUACCGUCUACACAAACUAGCAUUGAAAAUGGAUUGUGGAUUCAUUAUAAACCAAUUUCAUCUCUUGGUGAUGAUGGACCUAUCGAGUUUCAAGUUCCUGGGACCGGCGAUGACUACAUAGAUUUGUCUCAUACAUUACUCCACAUAAAGGCAAAAGUAUUAAAUCAAGAUUCAACUAACUUGGUAUCUACUACAAUAGUAGCACCUGUAAAUAAUUGGCUGCAUUCACUUUUUAGUCAACUUGAUGUUUAUUUAAACCAAAAACUUGUAUCACCACCUAAUAAUACCUAUGCAUAUCGAGCAUACAUGGAAACCCUUUUAAACUAUGCCCCUGCUGCUAAACAAUCUCAUCUUACUUGUAGCCUUUGGUAUGAGGAUACAGCAGGAAGAAUGGAUUCUACAGAUGGUAAAAACAUAGGAUUUGUUAAAAGACAGGAAUUGAUUAGUGAAAGUAAGGAAAUAGAAAUGAUUGGUCAUCUUCACGGUGACAUUUUUAACCAAGAUAAAUUUUUAAUUAAUGGUGUUGAAAUGAGUGUUAAAUUGGUUCGAUCAAGAGAGAGUUUUAAUUUAAUUGUUGGGUCGAACGAUGUAAAGUUUAAAGUUUGCAUUACGGACGCAACUCUUAUUGUGCGACGAGCACGAAUUAAUCCAAGUGUAUUACUCGCACAUCAAAAAGUUUUAGCUUCUACCACUGCUAAAUAUCCUAUUACUCGAGCUGAAGUAAAAGUUUUAACAAUUCCUUCAGGUGUUCAAGGAAAAACUCUUGAUAAUAUAUUUUUAGGACAGGUACCGAAAAGAUGUAUAAUUGGAUUUGUGAACAAUUCUGCAUUUAAUGGUUCCCUUACUAAAAAUCCAUUUAACUUUGAAAACUAUGGUAUUAAUUCUUUCAGCUUAUAUAUUGAUGGUCAACAAAUACCUUCAAAAGCUUUGCAACCAUCUUUUAAUAAUAGCAUAUUUACAUCAGCAUAUCAUACUCUAUUCUCGGGAACUGGUAUUCACUUUCUUAAUGAAGGAAAUGGAAUCUCUUGUGAACAGUAUGGCAAAGGUUACUGUCUAUUAGCAUUUGACUUAACUCCUGAUUUAUCAGCUAACUCAUCAUCUCAUUGGAAUCUCAUAAAGCAUGGUAGUGUAAGAAUAGAAGUACGAUUUGAAUCCUCAUUAAUACAAACAAUUAACUGUAUAGUUUAUGCUGAGUUUGAUAAUAUUAUUGAGAUAGAUAAAAACAGAAAUGUUACUGUAGACUAUAGUAGUUAA